GUGCGUCGGCCCCGCCCCCUCUUCUUCUAGGCUCGUCUCGCGUGCGCGGGUCCCCUUCACUGAUUCUUGAGCGGCCGUGUGCGAGGAGGCGAUACCAUGUCCCUGGAGGCGAUUCGCUACUCUCGGGGCUCCCUGGAGAUCCUCGACCAGCUGCUCCUGCCCCAGCACAGCCGCUACGAGGCAGUGGGGUCCGUGCGCCAGGCCUGGGAGGCCAUCCGCGCCAUGAAGGUGCGGGGUGCCCCGGCCAUCGCGCUCGUGGGCUGCCUCAGCCUCGCCGUGGAGCUGCAGGCGGGCGCGGGGGGACCGGGACUCGCCGCGCUGGUGGCUUUCGUGCGCGACGCGCUGAGCUUCCUGGUCACCGCCCGGCCCACCGCCGUCAACAUGGCCCGCGCUGCCCGCCACCUGGUCGAGACCGCAGCCCUGGAGGCUGAACGCGAGGGCGCCACGGAGGAGGCGGUCCGGGAGAGAGUGAUCCGCUGUGCUGAGGACAUGCUGGAGAAAGACCUCAAGGACAAUCGGAGCAUCGGGGACCUAGGAGCCCACCAUCUCCUGGAGCGGGCAGCUCCUGGGGGUGGCAAGGUGACCGUGCUGACCCACUGUAACACUGGCGCACUGGCCACUGCUGGCUAUGGCACAGCUCUGGGUGUGAUCCGCUCACUGCAUACCCUGGGCCGUCUGGAUCAUGCCUUCUGCACAGAGACCCGGCCCUACAACCAGGGAGCCCGGCUGACUGCCUUCGAGCUGGUGUACGAGCAGAUCCCCGCCACCCUCAUUGCCGACAGCAUGGCAGCAGCUGCCAUGGCCCACCGGGGCGUGUCAGCUGUCGUCGUGGGAGCCGACCGGGUGGUUGCCAAUGGUGACACAGCCAACAAGGUGGGCACCUACCAGCUGGCCAUCGCUGCCAAGCACCACGGCAUCCCCUUCUAUGUGGCUGCCCCCAGCUCCUCGUGCGACCUCCAUCUGGAGUCGGGCAGGGAAAUCGUCAUUGAGGAGCGCCCGGGGCAGGAGCUGACUGAUGUCAACGGGGUCAGGAUUGCAGCCCCUGGCAUUGGGGUUUGGAAUCCUGCCUUCGAUGUCACCCCCCAUGAGCUCAUCACCGGUGGCAUCAUCACAGAGCUGGGGGUCUUCGCUCCCAAGGAGCUCCGGGCAGCCCUAAGUACCACCGUCUCCUGAGGAGCAGGGAGAGCACACAGGGCCUUUGCAUGACUCUUAAGAGCACUGUAACUGAAUCCAGCCUGCCUCAACUUCAAAACCUGCCUCAGCCGCUUUCUCUACAGUGUGAUCAUGGCCAGGUCCCUUCACCUCUCGCACACCUUGGUAUUCUCAUUUAUAAAAUGGGGACAGUACUGCACUGCCCUCUUAGGUUGCUCCAGGGCCAGAACUAGGGCAGUGCUUGGGGUACGGAAUUUUAGAGGGGACACUAAAAAGCCCAGUAAGCAAGAUAAUAGCUUCGUGAAAUAUUUUUUAUUUUAUUUUUUCUAGAGAAGAAGAGUGAAAGCACAAGUGGGGGUGGGGACAGAGAGAGGGAGAGAAGCAGAAUCCGUGGUCAGCAUGGGGGUCUAGACCUCAGACCCUGAGAUCAUGACCUGAGCUGAUAUCAAGAGUUGUAUGCUUAACCAACUUGCCACUCAGGUACCUCUGAUUCUAUUUCUUUAAUACUAAUUUUUUUUUUUUUUUUAAGUAAUCUCCACCCAAAAUUGUGACUCAAACUGACAACUCCAAGAUCAAGAGUCAUGUGCUCCACUGAGGCAGCCAGGCAUCCCUAAAAUUGUAUUUUUCUUAAAGGCUUUUUUAUUUUUAUUUUAUUUUAUUUUAUUUUAAGAUUUUGUUUAUUUAUUUGACAGGCAGAGAUAGAUAGGCUGAGAUAAGUAGGCUGAGAGGCAGGCAGAGAGAGAGGAGGAAGCAGGCUCCCUGCUGAGCAGAGAGCCCAAUGUGGGGUUCGAUCCCAGGACACUGGGAUCAUGACCUGAGCCGAAGGCAGAGGCUUUAACCCACUGAGCCACCCAGGUGCCCCUUAAAGAUUUUUUUAAAUUUUUUAAUUUUUAUCUAUUUUUUUUUUAAAGAUUUUAUUUAUUUAUUUGACAAACAAGAGAUCACAAGUAGGCAGAGAGAGAGGGGAAGCAGGCUCAUUGCUGAGCGGAGAGCCUGAUGCGGGGCUCCAUCCCAGAACCCUGAGAUCAUGACCUGAGCCGAAGGCAGAGGCUUCGGCCCACUGAGCCCCCCGGGUAGCCCCACAGAUUUUAUUUUUUUAAAGAUUUUUAAAAAUUUAUUUGACAGAGAUACACAGAGGGAGCACAGGCAGAGUGGGAGAGGGAGAAGCAGAUUCCCGGCUAAGUAGAGGACGCCAUCCUGAUCGUGACCUGAGCGACCCUGGCGCUCCUAAAAUUUUAUUUUAUUUUAUUUUAUUUUUAGAUUUUAUUUUAUUUAUUUAUUUGUGAGAGAAAGAGCGCACAAGCAGGCAGAGGCAGAGAGACGGAGGCUCCCCUCCAAGCAAGGAGCUGGAUACGAGACUCGAUUCCAGGACCCUGGGAUCAUGACCUAAGUUGAAGGCAGCGGCUUAACUGACUGAGCCACCCAGACGUCCCCUAAAAUUUUAUUUUUAAAUAUUGAGAAAACUAUAUCAAUUAUUGAAUUUCAGGCACCCUUAAAGUAUGCACCAGUGACUGCCUCAGUCGCCUCACCCUAGUCCUAAAUUUUGUGUACGAAGGGCAUAAAACUACGCUUUACAAAACAAACGAGCUCUUCGUAAAUGUUAUCU